AUGGCAACCGUGAGGUACGAGAAUGUUACCAAGUUCCUGGCCGUCGAGCUCACCAUCAACGGCGACACGUCCUACUACGUCAACGCCACUGUUGAUCUCAAGAGCUACCUUCCCGAGCAUGUCGCUAUCGGCUUCUCGGCAGCGACUGGCGGUGGUGGCGAGCAGCACCAGAUACUGUCAUGGUCAUUCAUAUCCACUCUGCAGGAGGAACAGGGCCUCUAUUGCCGGAACGCGAUCCUCAAAGCAGCGGACGAGCGGCUGAGGUCCGGCAACCAGGCCGACGAUAGGUGCAUGGAGAGGGUGCUCGUCGUCGGGCUGUGGUGCGCGCAUCCUGACCAGACCGAACGGCCAUCCAUCGAGCAGGCCAUGCACGUCCUGCAGUCGGAGGACGCUAGGCUCCCGACGCUCACGCCGCAGAUGUACAGAACGGUGUCGGAGUUUGCCGUCACUGGACGUGCUAUUGGCGCCUUGUCCGUUCAGAGCUCCUCUUCCACGACCACGGCGACAACCGGUGGCCACUCCAAGGUCUCUUCCGAGUCAGCAUCCUCUCCCUUGCUCUAA